UCGAAACGUCGUCGUAGAGAGAGGUUUCAACUUUCACACAUUUGGGCGUAACAUACAACACAACGGAGUUUUCUCCCUCCGAUUGGUUCCUCUGCAAAAACCAACACCCACAAUUGCACCUUCCAUUCUGCAUUUUAGUGAAAUUUACUUCUUGGGCCCUUUGCAGUGAAGAGUUCAGAGUGCUAAAUGCAACAACCCGUUUCACUGUUUAUUAUUAUCUACCCUGAUAUUUGACUUUGAGCUAUGAGAGUUGCAUUUUCUCACUGGCACCUUUUCUUCUGAAAAGAAAAAUAAUUAUAUAAUUGCUACUUGGUAGGCUAUGGAUACGAGGAAAGUUAUAGCUAUAUGUCAAUCAGGAGGAGAGUUUGUAACUGAUAAGGAUGGCUUAUUGUCAUACAGUGGGGGGGAUGCCUAUGCAAUAGACAUUGAUCAGCAGACAAGUUUGAGUGAUUUUAAGUCAGAGAUAGCAGAAAUGUUCAACUGCAAUGUAAGUACGAUGAUUAUCAAGUACUUCCUUCCUGGCAACAAGAGAACACUUAUUACAGUGUCAAAAGACAAGGAUUUGCAACGCAUGGUCACUUUCAUUGGGGAUGCUAACACGGUUGAUGUGUUUGUUAUGUCAGACGAAGGAGCGGCUCGAAACAACAAUUCCAUCAUGCCUGGUAGUAGGUCAAGCAGGACAACUGUGUCAGAAGGCACUGUACCUGUCAUUGCUCCUAUUGAUGUCAUUGUUGAUACUGUCCAAUGCAUGGAUCAAGUAGAGGUAGCUAAUGAAGUCCCUGCACGUUCUAUUUGUUCUGGGGGAAAUGAUGACAAUCAUCGUAAAGCUGCACAGCAGUGGGAAAAUACCAUCACUGGUGUGGGCCAAAGGUUCAAUAGUUUUAGUGAAUUUCGGGAAGCAUUGCAUAAAUACUCUAUUGCUCAUGGGUUUGCAUACAAGUAUAAGAAAAAUGAUAGUCAUCGUGUCACGGUCAAAUGUAAAUCUCAAGGCUGUCCUUGGAGAAUAUAUGCAUCAAGAUUGUCAACCACUCAGUUGAUUUGCAUUAAGAAGAUGCACUACAAUCAUACUUGUGAAGGAUCUGCCGUUAAAGCUGGGUACCGAGCAACUAGGGGUUGGGUGGGAAGUAUUAUAAAAGAGAAAUUGAAAGAUUCACCCAAUUACAAGCCGAAGGAUAUUGCUGAUGACAUAAAACGGGAGUAUGGUAUUCAGUUAAAUUAUUCUCAAGCAUGGCGUGCAAAGGAAAUUGCUAGAGAACAGCUUCAAGGCUCCUACAAAGAGGCAUAUACUCAGUUACCAUUUUUUUGUGAGAAGAUAAAAGAGACCAAUCCGGGGAGUUUUGCAACAUUCACCACUAAAGAUGACUCAAGUUUUCAUCGUCUCUUUGUAUCAUUUCAUGCCUCAAUAUCUGGUUUCCAGCUAGGCUGUCGCCCUCUCAUUUUCCUUGACAGUACUCCUUUGAACUCAAAGUACCAAGGUGAGUUAUUGGCUGCCACCGCUGUGGAUGGAAAUGAUGGCAUUUUUCCUGUAGCCUUUGCAGUUGUAGACACCGAGACUGAAGACAACUGGUGCUGGUUUCUGCAGGAACUGAAAUCAGCAAUAUCAACAUCUGAGCAGAUCACAUUUGUUGCGGAUUUUCAAAAUGGUUUAAAAAAGUCAUUGUCUGAUAAAUUUGAAAAAGUUUACCACAGCUAUUGUUUACGUCACCUCGCUGAGAAAUUGAACAAGGACUUGAAGGGACAAUUUUCUCACGAGGCCAGACGUUUCAUGAUUAAUGAUUUUUAUGCUGCUGCUUAUGCACCCAAAUUGGAGACUUUUGAACGUAGCAUUGAGAAUAUUAAAGGUAUUUCCCCUGAAGCCUAUGAUUGGGUCAUACAAAGUGAGCCAGAGCACUGGGCAAAUGCAUUUUUUAAUGGAGCAAGGUAUAAUCUUCUGUCAUCAAAUUUUGGACAGCAAUUCUACAGUUGGGUUUCAGAGGCACACGAAUUGCCAAUUACUCAAAUGAUUGAUGCAUUACGAGGUAAGAUGAUGGAAACAAUUUAUGCACGACGGGUGGAAUCUAAUCAAUGGAUGACAAAGUUGACACCAUCCAAGGAGGAAAUGCUCCAAAAGGAAACAUUUGUUGCUCGUACACUCCAAGUACUGUUCUCACAGGGUAGCACAUUUGAGGUCCGUGGAGAAUCUAUUGAUAUUGUUGAUAUCGAUAAUUGGGAUUGUAGUUGCAAGGGAUGGCAACUUACUGGUGUGCCCUGCUGUCAUGCCAUUGCUGUCUUUGAAUGUGUCGGUCGGAGCCCAUAUGAUUAUUGUUCGAGAUACUUCACAGUUGAGAAUUAUCGAUUAACAUAUGCAGAAUCUAUUCACCCUGUGCCAAAUGUUGACAGACCAGUCCAGAGUGAAUUGAAUGUUGCAGUUACUGUAACCCCUCCACCAACUAAGCGUCCUCCAGGUCGGCCAAAAAUGAAGCAAGUUGAAUCGAUAGACAUAAUUAAACGACAGCUUCAGUGCAGUAAGUGCAAGGGACUUGGCCACAAUAGGAAGACAUGCAAACUUUCAUAGUAUCAGAAUUCACAACAUAGCUAUAUUUUUUGCAUAAAAUUGCUGGACUGGAUUCAUGUGAAUUUUUAGACCUUCCAAACUUGUUGUAGCCUGUUUGGUUUGAACUUUCUUUUAAAGGGAACCCACUUCCACACUUUCCAACACACUCAGACACUUCCAACCCAGCCUUUAUGAGGAGGAGGAGAUUUUUCUUUCCCAUGAGUUAUUGUCAGCAUUCAAGCAAUUCUAAUACAAACAGAGCCUUAUAGAAGCAAUUGCAACCAUUUUUUUUUAUUUUAAAUUUUUUCCAACAGUCAUUCAUGUGAUUGUUACCCAAAUGGCUAGUUAAACUCAAGGGGUGUAAAUUGAGUUUUUUUAAAAACUUUUUCCCAAAUCAACUUAUAAACACUUGGAUUGGAUAUAAGUAUUGAAUAGAUUAAAAAUAGCUGCAGGCCUUAGAAACAAUUUAAUUGAAGAUGCGGGCCAUAGCCCAAUUAUCAAUUUUGAUGGAAGAACAAUAAUAAAACCUAAAAUCCAAUUAGAAUUGGAAUAACCUUAAAAACAAAUAAAUUGAUAUAGAAUGCUUAAAACCUAAUUAUCAUUAUCAAUUUCUAAUUUUCUAUAAAGAACAAUAAUAAAGGAAUUGAAAUACUCAAAUAUAAAAACGUUAGGGAUAAAGAAAAGUGUACCAAAGAUUUAUACUAGACUACUAGUUCUGUCACCAAUCACUUUGAUCUAGUCCUCAAGCUACGCUUGAAAUUUCUUCUACUAUCUAAUCAGAGUAUUACAACUGUAUAACUUCUUUUUUUUUCUCUAGGAAACCCACCUUGAUAAUCCAACCCCAAGAUGCCUCACUCUAAAUUACUCCAAUAAAGAGUGUCAGCAACACACUUUCUAAUACACUCCUCGUAAUACAUCCACUCUUAUUAGUUAGAAUUUAUUAAAAACUAUAAAAUCAAAUGAGAGAAUCAUUAAAUAAGAUGUGAGAUCCACCAAAUUUUAUGUUUUCCAAUAAAUUUCAAUUAAUAAGAGUGAAUAUGUUUAAAAGAAUGUGGCAGAGAAUCUGCAGUUAGCAUUUCUCUUACUCCAAUACCCUAAGGAUACCAUACCUUAGAAAAACCAGGGAAUACCACACCUUGAAAAACCUAAGGAUACCACCCUUUAACAGAAGAGAAGAAUUUUGAAUUUUAAAAACCAUUCCUUUUAUAAUAGCAUAGCAUUUUAAUAAGGGUUAUUUGGUCAUUUUAGAAUUCUGAAAUCCUUAAUUUGUAUAAUUGGUUUGAAUAUAUUUAUAAUAGGCUUUUAAUUAAGUGAUAGUUUGAAAAUUCUGGAAAUCCUAUAUUAAUUUUGUGAUUAGUAUAUUAAUAAGAAAUCCAUUUGAAAAUUGAUUUAUGAUAGAAAUACUUGAUUUUUUGAACUGUAUGCUGGUAAUGGAUUACACAAGGUGAUAAUCAGUUAUUUGCGUAUUUAACACCACAAAUAACAAUUUCAACUAUUUGUAAUAAUCGAUCACCAGCAAUUACCACAAUAUUUAUAUUCAAAAUAAGUUUUACAAUAAAUAUUUUCAAUAGUUUUGUUUAACAAUUAUAUAUUUUGUAAAUCAUAUUAAUUCUAAGUUUAGGUGUUUAGAAUUUAUUCCAAAAAUAUUUCAUAUUUAUUUAAAGCCAAGUUAUAGAAACCUUGGAUUUUCAAAAAGGUGUUUAAUAUUUUUUAUAACAUUUGAAAAUCACUUUAUCUGAGGAAAAUAUUGUUUCACAAAUUAUUCUAACAAGCCAAUCGCAGUUGAAUUUAGAAUCCUUACACAUGUUCAUAAUCAGGAUUAGGGAUUUUAUCUGUUGUGUUAAAUCUUUUAUACCUUAACAGUAAGAGGUCGUGUUCUUCAGUUAUGUCAUACAUCAGCAUGCCAUGCAUUCUAAUCUUCACAUAAUAGCAUGUCUAAAUCAUUGAAUAUGUCUUAAAUGUUUAACCAUCCAUAUAAAUGCUUAAUGCUUAUUAUUUGGAAUUACAUGAUUAUUUUUCCCAUUAAACUAAUACAAGAAAUUUGAAA